AUGCUAUCUGAACGCAUCUACCUCCUUGGGGCCAGUCUGCUGGCUACAUGCCUCCAACUUGUGAGCGCCCAGUUACCUGCAGACGCCAUAGAGCUUGAUCUCGUCUUCCCUCGUAAAGAUGGAAAGUACGGCGAAACCAGCAACGGCUACCCUGUCCUUCUGAAUGUCCAGAACCCCAAUGUCGCCUACAAGUAUGGCUACAACUUCGUAUGGGAUAUUUACUCCAGGAACAAGAAUUCGUAUCUACGUACCGCAGCCCACGGCGUGAUGGGCGCCUCCAUCGGCAACGCAAGCACAUUUGGCAAUGGCCCGUUUCUAGAGGUUGGAAAGACUGGCCAUCUCGCUGCUGGCGACUACACCUUUGCCUGGGUCUUUGGCAUGGGUGCUCAAUGCGAGUUCACCGAGCAGCCCGAUUACAGCGAGUACAACCUCAACCCUCGCAUCGCCAACGGCAGCUUCGAUUUCGUUGUCGAGAGUAGCGGAAAGGAGCCGACUUUCACCAAAACCUGCCCGACAGCUAUCGGAAGCAUGAGCUAUGCCUCCACAACCACCUACAACUCUGAGGCCACCAGCGUUUGCGGUGUGACCGCAUCCGUCACGCACGAUUCUCAGCCCUGCUCAGCAACCGUCAGCGAUGACCAAGCGACCAGCGUUUACAGCGCGCUAGGAUACGCUGCCGCCACCGGAUCGUCCAAAGGAGCGGCACCCUACAGCUGCCGACAGCCUGCUUUUCACGUCGUUGUCAUUACCGGUAUUGUCGCAGCGGUGGCAAUUUUUGCUUAA